UCAGGCGCCGCCGCCCCCUCCCUCCCCUCCGCUCGGACGUCCCCGACGCCGCACGCAGCGUAAGGGCAAGAGGGUUUCCCCUCAGCCGUUCGCCUUCCCAACUGCCGCCUUCCGAGUGUCUCAGAGCAAGUUAUUAUAUCUAUUGAGUUACUGAGACUGAUGACGCCAGUCUCCCGUCAAGAAGUUCUUGGCCUUUACCGCAAGCUAUUUCGAAUCGCCAAAAAAUGGCAGUCGGCGUCCGGACAGAUGGAAGAGACCGUCAAAGAAAAACAGUACAUUAUAAAUGAAGCUAAAACCUUAUUCCAAAAGAAUAAAAAUCUGACAGAGCCUGAGCUGAUUAAACAAUGUAUAGAGGAGUGCAAAGCAAGGAUAGAAAUUGGACUUCAUUACCGCAUCCCCUAUCCAAGGCCCAUCCACUUGCCUCCCAUGGGCCUUGCUCAGCAACAGAGCCGCGCCUUCCGACAUCAGGAAAAGCUGAGGAAGUUUUCCAAGCCAGUCUACUUGAAAUCCUACGAUGAAAUCUCAUAAUCUGGCAUCACCCUUUUGCCUGUGUCAUCCUGGACUGCUUGAAAGAUGUAUUCCAUUUCACGCCCACAAAUGUAGAUAAAACUGGUGUGGUUAGCCCUCGGUGAUGGUUUCCCUCAAGGCAAUGCAUCCACUUGAUUCUGAGCAGAUGAUGAGUAAGGUUAUGUUACCGAAACUGCCUUGGAUUUGGUAAGAGUCAACAGCUGAUUCAUCAAUAAAAGGCGCUUUGCAGUUAAGUAUGAGGUGAGACAAAGAGAAGUCUUACAUUGAACAUGGCUGUAUCACUGGCAACUGCGUCCACCAACGGCUGUAAAUGUUAAUAAGGUGUCAAUUUUAUCUUGCAAGUUUUUUCAGGAAUCAGGAACCUGUGGUCCUCCAGAUAUAUACAGCAAUUUAAGCUCUAGCUGACAAAGACAAUGGUUGAUGGGAAUUGUGGUCUAAGAAGAGACCUUCGGGUAGUGUGG